AGGGUGGGGUAGGGUGGAGACCCGGGGAGCUGGGGGACAUGGCCUCAGGCCCCCCACCCCAUUCCCAGUAUGGCAUUGUCCUGGACGCUGGCUCUUCACACACAUCCACGUUCGUCUACAAGCGGCCUGCAGACAGGGAGAAUGACACAGGCAUCGUGGGCCAACACAGCUCCUGCGGCGUACGCGGAGGGGGCAUCUCCAGCUACGCAGCCGACCCUUCCAGGGCUGGCCAGAGUCUUGCUGAAUGCCUGGACCAGGCGCUGCAAGACGUGCCCAAGGAGAGCCACGUGGGCACGCCCCUCUACCUGCGAGCCACGGCAGGCAUGCGCCUGCUCAACCUGACCAGUCCCGAGGCCUCGGCCAAUGUCCUCGCGGCUGUGACCCGGACGAUGACCCAGUAUCCCUUUGAUUUCCGUGGUGCCCACAUCCUCUCGGGCCAGGAGGAGGGGGUGUUUGGUUGGGUGACAGCCAACUACCUGCUGGAGAACUUCAUCAAGUAUGGCUGGGUGGGCCGGUGGUUCCGGCCAAGGAAGGGGACGCUGGGGGCCUUGGACCUGGGGGGCGCCUCCACACAGAUCACCUUCAAGACGGCCAGCCCAGCUGAGGAUCCAGCCAAUGAGGUCCGGCUGCAGCUCUACGGCCAGCACUACCGCGUCUACACCCACAGCUUCCUCUGCUAUGGCCGUGACCAGGUCCUCCGGAGGCUGCUCGCUGGAGCACUCCAGACUCACGGCUUCCACCCUUGCUGGCCGAGGGGCUAUUCUACCCAAGUGCUGCUCCGGGACGUGUACGACUCCCCGUGCACCGCGGCCCAGCGGCCGCAGACCCUCAACAGCAGCACCAGGGCCCACCUGGCGGGGGGCAGCGACCCUGCCCUCUGCCGUGGCCUCGUCUUGCGACUCUUCAAUUUCUCCUCCUGCCACUUCUCCCGAUGUGCCUUUAACGGCGUCUUCCAGCCUCCAGCGGCUGGCAACUUCGUCGCCUUCUCUGCUUUCUUCUACACCGUGCACUUCCUGCGGUCUGUGAUGGGGUUUCCGGUGACAACCUUGCAGCAGCUGGAGGCCGCUGUGGGCGCCGUCUGCAGCCAGACGUGGGGUCAGCUGCAGGCCAGGGCGCCGGGGGAGCCCCGCCGGCCCGACUACUGCGCGGGGGCCGUGUUCGUGCAGCGGCUGCUGAGCCACGGCUACGGCUUCGACGAGCGCGCCGUCCGAGGGGUGACCUUCCAGGGCCGGGCCGGGGACACCGCGGUCGGCUGGGCGCUCGGCUAGACCAACCUGAUCCCCGCCGAGCCGCCGCAGCUGCGCACGGGCGCCAUCUAG